AUGCCUUACUCUGAAAUUGAUCAGCUUGCCAUUAACACCAUUCGUACCUUGUCCAUUGACACUACUUCGAAUGCUAAGUCUGGACAUCCCGGUGCUCCUAUGGGUUUGGCCCCUGCAAGCCAUGUCCUUUUCAGCCGCAUCAUGAAGUUCAACCCCAAAUCCCCCAAGUGGUUGAACCGUGAUCGUUUUAUCCUUUCUAACGGUCAUGCUUGCGCUUUGCAAUACGUUAUGUGCCACCUUCUUGGCUACCAAAUGUCCAUUGACGACUUGAAGCAAUUCCGUCAAGUCGGUAGCAAGACUCCUGGCCAUCCCGAAACUCACGACCCCACUUUGAACGUUGAAACUGGUGCUGGUCCUUUGGGUCAAGGUAUCGCUGCCGCCGUCGGUCUUGCCAUCGGUAAGGCCCAUUCCGCCGCCGUUUACAACAAGCCCGGUUUCGACAUCUUCGACAACAACACCUUCUGCUUCUUGGGUGAUGGCUGUCUUCAAGAGGGUAUCUCUUCUGAGGCUUCCUCUUUGGCUGGUCACUUGAAGCUCGGUAGCUUGGUUGCUAUCUGGGAUAACAACAAGAUCACCAUUGAUGGUAGCACCGAGCUCUCCUUCGAUGAGGACGUCGAAAAGCGCUAUGAAGCUUACGGCUGGCAAAUUUUGCGUGUUGAACACGGUGACACUGAUCUUGAAGCUAUCGAGAAGGCUUACCGUGAAGCCAUCGCUUGCACUGACAAGCCUACCUUGAUCAACCUCAAGACCACCAUCGGUUUCGGCUCUCAACAACAAGGUACCCACAGCGUUCACGGUAGCCCUCUUAAGCCUGAUGAUGCCGUCCAUGUUAAGAAGCUCUUCGGUUUCAACCCUGAACAAACUUUCCAUGUUCCCGCUGAGGUUUACCAAUUCUAUCAAAAGCGUGUUGAAGAAAACCAAGCUAUUCAAAAGGAAUAUGAUGCCAUGUAUGCUAAGUACGCUCAAGCUCAUGCCGACCUCUACAACCAAUUGGAGCGUAUCCUCAACAGACAACUUCCCGAUGGCUGGCAAAAGUGCCUUCCCACUUACAAGCCUGGCGAUGCUGCUGUUGCCACUCGUAAGCUCUCUGAAAUCGUUUUGGAUGCUCUUUGCCCUGUCGUCCCCGAGCUUGUCGGUGGUUCCGCUGACUUGACUCCCUCCAACUUGACUCGUUGGCAAGGCGCUGCUGACUUCCAGCACCCUAGCAGCAACAUCGGAUCUUACGCUGGCCGUUACAUCCGCUAUGGUAUCCGUGAACACGGUAUGGCCGGUAUCAUGAACGGUUUGGCUGUCUAUGGUCCCAUCAUUCCUUAUGGUGGUACUUUUUUGAACUUCGUUUCUUACGCUUCUGGUGCCGUUCGUAUGGCUGCUUUGAACAACAGCCGUGUUAUCUACGUCGCUACUCACGAUUCUAUCGGUUUAGGUGAAGACGGUCCCACUCACCAGCCUAUUGAGACCUUCUCUCACUUCCGUGCCAUGCCCAACAUGUACUGCUGGAGACCCGCUGACGGUAACGAGACUUCUGCCGCUUACGUCAGUGCUUUGACUCACUGCGACUCUCCUUCCAUUUUGGCUUUGACCCGUCAAAACCUCCCUCAACUCGAAAACUCUACCAUCGAGAACGCCAGCAAGGGUGGUUAUGUCCUUCUUGAGAACAAGAACGCCAAGGUUACUCUCGUUGGUACCGGUUCUGAAGUUUCUCUUUGCCUUGACGCUCUCAAGACCUUGAAGAGCGAAUACAACUUGGAGGCUCGUGUUGUCUCUUUGCCCUGCUGGGAAGUUUUCGAGGAACAAGACGAGAGCUACCGUCUCUCUGUCAUUCCCGAUGGCAUCCCUGCUAUGUCUGUUGAAGUUUACAGCACUUUGGGCUGGACUCGCUAUGUCCACGAAGCUUUCGGUAUGACUUCCUUCGGUGAGUCUGGUACCGCUAAGCAAUUGUACGAGAAGUACCAAUUUACCCCCGAAGGUGUUGCUAAGCGUGCUCAAAAGACUUACGAAGCUUACAAGGAUACCCCUUUCAUCCGUUCCCCCGUUCGCCGUGCUUUCUAA